AUGGAGGGGAUACAUCAUGGAGGGCACGGGAGAACCGGCCCAUCCCACCCUGCGGCUUUCCUCGGGUUCGACGUCGACUCUCAUAUGAUGUCCGACGACUUCUCGUUUGAGUCAUCCUUCAGUCCCUCCGGUUCCUCGAACGCCAAUGAUGGUGUUCUCGGCAAUUCUAUAUUUCCUGAGUGGACAAACGGUGCACCGCCUGGCGACAGCACCGACGAGAUGCAGAAGAAGGAUCCGCUGGCCGCUCAGAUUUGGAAACUCUAUACCAGAACGAAAUCUCAAUUGCCCAACCAGGAGCGCAUGGAAAAUCUGACAUGGCGGAUGAUGGCCAUGAACUUGAAGCGCAAGGAACGGGAGCAGCAGGCUCGUGCUUCGGAAACUUUGAGCCCGAAACCGAGCGGCAUCGCGCAGAUGCGCCUUUCCGACCAAGUAUCGUCCACUGGUGCCGACGCUUCGCAUGAAAUGAAGCCGGAUGAUACUCCGGAUCCAAUGAAUUUGGACGACUUCAUCAUUCCCUUUGAUUCGCCGCCCGAGCAUCCCUCACAUCCCCCCGCCGACCGGCGCUUCACAGCUACGCCCACAGGUAUUCCCAUCAAAUCGCGCAAAGACCAUGCGACGACAGAUUCUGCUGUAGCCGCCUCCUUCCCUCAUCCACCCCAGGAACAACGAACAAACUCCGAAUUUGGAUACGUCCCUCGCAGGGUUCGCAAAACGAGCAUCGAUGAGCGGCAGUUUUUUGCCAGCCUUAAUGUUCCGACUCGCAAGCGGCCGGCGGAGGCUUCGCCCCAGGUUCCCCCGGUGUCCAACGCCAUGAUGGCACAGCAUUCGGAGCUGUCUGCGGCACUCCCGGAUUACUCCCUCGAUCAUCCGCCCUCUGCCUUUUCUCUGACCGGCAACGGCACAGUGGGACCACGCAGGCCUCAGCUCCAACACUCACACUCGCACUCGCAUUCUUCUGGGAUUCCCUACGGGUUGGAUACCUUCGGCCUUGGCGAAGAAGACCACGGCAUUCAAUCGGCCGGGUCUUAUCAGCAGCAUUUCCAUUUCUCGCCUUCCGAAUCUCCAAUGACCGCCGGAAACCCUUUCUCGAAUCUUUACUCUCAGACGCCACUCGCUUCCUCCCUCAACUCCACGGAGUUCUUCUCGCCCCCGCCUUCUGGCUACCAGUCUGCUGUGUCGACCCCGCAACCGAUUUUUGAAGGAGAGCAAUCGAUGUUCUUCACUGACGCACCCUCCGCUGAAUCUCACAGCCAGCGCCGCAUUCCCAACUAUCUCCAGCAGCGCCAGUCGAAUCUGUCUGCUUCGUUGCAGCCACGCUAUAUGUACAACUUGCCCAAUGGCGACUCUCAAAUGGGGAACGCAGUGAGCGGACCGCCGACAACUCAUGUGUCUGGAUUUUCCGUGCCGCAACCGCAGCAUAUCAACCCGUCACAUGUGCUCGGCUCUGGCGAGUUUUCCACUACAGCGCCUGCCAGCAGCAUGUUCACAUUUGGUGGAGACUCAGACAACGAGGAUGACGAUGGCAACUAUGAACGUGGUGGCAUUGCCAUGCCAAAUGACUUUGCCACCAUGGACGAGUCUGGAGAUAUGAGCGCUGGUCUUCAGUGGGACGGAGGCUUCCCCGGGUCGGUGCAGUCGCUACCAGGCUAUUCUGGUCAGCACCGCAAGCACGUCACGAUUGGGUCUACAGACAUCAUGGAUAGUUCAUCCGAGUGGAAUCAGGGAGGCUCUCUUGGCCGUACGCACGGAUCCGCCGCUUCGGUGAGCGAGGUUCGGAACCGAGACCAGGAUCCUCGUCGCUACGGCAAAGUUCCUCGCACGGCUUCGACUCCCAACGCUGCUGCACUACUGCGUCAGAGCUUGAAUGGCUCGUCUAGUGGACCUCCGACAAACCACCCCUCUCCCAGCACUCCUCCCGAGUCCGGUCUUAGCAGUGCGGUGCCUUCUCGGCCAGGCAGUCCUGGCGGUUCGAAGAACGGAGAUCCGAAUGCCGGACCGACGACCUGCACCAACUGUUUCACCCAAACCACCCCUCUGUGGAGACGCAACCCGGAGGGUCAGCCUCUGUGCAAUGCUUGCGGCCUGUUCUUGAAACUACACGGUGUUGUCCGGCCCUUGUCACUCAAGACUGAUGUUAUCAAGAAGCGAAACCGUAGCAGCGCCAACACCCUUGCUGUUGGUACUUCUCGGUCGUCUAAGAAAUCUUCCCGCAAAAAUUCCAUUCAGCAUGGUCCAUCCUCAUCAAUUUCCUCCCGCAUCAACACCUCCGAAUCCCCACCCGCGAUCUCUGGAUCCAGCACCAUGGGGAAACCCGGUGUCGUGGCUAUUGCCGCUGCUCCGCCUAAAUUAGGCCCUCCUGCUGGUGUCGCUCAGGCACGUGCCGGUGUGCAAGUGGCCCCUAGGAGGCAGCGCCGACUUGAAAAAGCGCCAACUGGAUCCGAUCCAGAUGGAGACGACAGCCCCAGGUCCGCCGCCCCGGCAAGCCGAUCCAAGGUUGUUCCCUUGGCUCCUGCGAUGGCACCGCCUGCUGCCGCCAACCCUGCCAACCACAGUAUUGCUGGUGGGCAGGGUGCCAGCCAGGAAUGGGAGUGGUUGACUAUGAGUCUGUAG